CUAAAUCUUAUACGAAAAGGAUGGCUGAUUUAAGAGAUGAACACGGCAACCCGAUUCAACUCACCGACGAACACGGCAACCCCGUUCAACUCACCGACGAACACGGCAACCCCGUUUAUGUCACCGGUGUAGCCACCAAGAAGAAUCCGGGCACUACUACGACGAUGUCGAGUUUAAUGGGACAUGACACUGGCUCUGCCGCCGACCACACACAACAGCAGUCCCUGCAUUUGGGAGUUGCCGGCGGCGGAGAAAAGAUUCACCGCUCCAACAGCUCGAGCUCGUCGGAGGAUGAUGGGAAGGGUGGAAGAAGGAAGAAAGGGAUGAAGGAGAAGCUACCAGGUGGCAAGUUUCCGGAGGAAGAGCAAUCGGGAACCAAAACUGAGGCCAUCAAAACCACCACGACCUCCACCACACUGGGCCAGCACAACGGCGAAGGGCACGAGAAGAAGAGUGUAAUAGAGAAAAUAAAAGAGAAACUACCGGUCAUCAUGGUCAUACAUUGAAAAAUUGCUCUGUGAAAUUAAAAUAUUUUCUAUCGUUGAUUUUAUUUUUCUUAUGUUGUGUUCUAUAAU